AUGCGUGAUGACUGUCUCCACAGCGAGUUUCGCUGCAAACACAGCGGCGUGUGUUUGAAGAACGUUCCUCGGAUAACCUGUGAUGGCUUGAUUGAUUGUCCGCCGGGCGAGGAUGAAACCGAUUGCGAUGCGGUUAACUUUGAUAUGUACGGUGGCGACGAAGAUUAUGACAGGGGGUACUCGGGUGUGGAGCGUUCGUGCCUGCUGUGGGGGGGCCAUUGGUGUGCCGUCUCUCAAACGUGCAUCCCAGCGUCAAAGAAGUGUGAUGGCGUUUUCCAUUGUUCGGAUUACUCUGAUGAGUUGGAAUGCAGCCCUAGCGCCCACCUGUCGUCCGUAGAAGAUUACGGCGACGACGACUACGACGAACUUUUUCCUGCAGAGUAUGCGGGGAGCAUGUACACGAAAUGUAGAGAGGGCCACAAAAUCAUCCUGAAACUUGAAGUCUGUGAUGGUGAAAAGGACUGCUCCGAUGGCUCCGAUGAGGAAGAUUGUGAUGAGAAAAAGAAGAAAAAGUUAUGUGGCCCUGACGAGUUCAGCUGCCCGGACAUGUGCAUUCCCGAGACGUUCGUCUGCGACGACUAUCAUGACUGCUUCGAUGGAUCUGAUGAGAAGAAUUGCUCGUUGAAGAAGGAAAUAUGCAAGACGCCAUUCAAGAUAUGUAACGGUACCUGCCAACUAGUGCAUGAACUCUGCGAGGACGCACUUGAUGCCACGUGUGCCACCGAGUCACAUCCUCUCUGCAAUGUGUGUCACUGGGGCCGAUGUAGUCAGCUUUGCAGGAACGUGGAUUUGAAGCCGGUCUGUUCGUGUCGCGAUGGUUACGAACUCGAACGUGAUAACUUCACCUGCACGUCUAAAUAUUUUUACACCGGGAAACCGUACUUACUUUUUGCCGGUCGACACGACAUCAAGAAGAUAGACAUAUACUUGCCAGCUCCGUCGAAAACAGCAGCA